AUAAAAACUGGUCGAAAGCCAGGUCGCUGCAGGCGUGAGACAUCAAUUCUCUGAUUUUGCAACGCCCCACUUAAGAAAAGGGAAUGGUCGGGUUUUAAACAGAUAAUGCGAGUGAGUGGACCUUUUUCAGUGUGUUUUGCGGCAAAAGCGAAAGUGUUUCUGAUCUGAUCACAGCGGCGCAUACUGCGGACGCGGCCACUGGAUGUCCGAAACCAGCUGAGGAACAGCGCAUAGUCAACUUUAUACUAUAAGAAACCACCAAAAACAGCUGGAUAAGAUGGCAUCUGCCAACAGUACUGUCCAUCAGACGCAGGUGCAGAAGGACGUGACCGAUCAGAAUUUUGACUACAUGUUCAAGCUCCUCAUCAUCGGAAACAGCAGUGUGGGAAAAACCAGUUUCCUGUUCCGUUACGCAGAUGACUCCUUCACGUCGGCCUUCGUCAGCACAGUUGGCAUCGACUUUAAAGUCAAAACGGUGCACCGCAAUGAGAAACGAGUGAAACUGCAGAUAUGGGACACCGCAGGACAGGAGAGGUACCGCACUAUAACCACAGCAUACUACAGAGGGGCCAUGGGAUUCCUGCUUAUGUAUGACAUCACCAACCAAGAGUCCUUCUACGCUGUGCAAGACUGGGCAACUCAGAUUAAAACGUACUCAUGGGACAAUGCUCAGGUGAUCCUGGUGGGGAAUAAAUGUGAUCUGGAAGACGACAGAUUGGUGGCCACAGAGGACGGCCAGAGACUGGCUAAUGAACUUGGCUUCCAGUUUUUUGAGGCAAGCGCAAAGGACAACAUUAACGUGAAGCAGGUGUUUGAGCGGCUGGUUGACAUCGUCUGUGACAAAAUGAACGAAAGCUUGGAUGGAGACCCCAGCAUGUUAACCAACCACAAAGGCCCAAGUCUCCAAGACACGUCCCCUGUUGGACAGAGUGGCUGUGGAUGCUAAUGAUCCGCUUUUAACAAACAUUCAUACUUUAAGGCAAACAUUCACACACAUGCACACAGCUACAAACAAACAAACACCCACUCCCUGUCUCUCUUACACACACACACACACACACACACGUGCACACACACACACACACACACAGGAAGAGAGACUAUUUUACAAGCAUACGUACACAUUAGAACAGCCAAUAUACAAUAUAAUAUGAAACUCCAAUCAAACAUUAGGAAUCAGGCAUGAGCCCCUUCUACCACUCAGUUCAUUAUCUUCUUACAAUCUCAUUUUAGGCCCCUCAGGGAUUGAAUGAACUGGGAAAUGUUUUUCUUAGUGUGAUAUGUGGCUGCUGUUACAUUGCACUAUGAUGUCGUAUAUAAAAAGGGCGGGAAACCACUGCAUGGAACUGAACUGGAUCAGCAGUCAUCAGAAAUGCAUUAUGCCAAAGUCUUAGUUGAAUGCUCAUUAAAUUUUAGAUGAGGAUUUCAAACUGCUCCAGGGUUUGUUUACAACGUACUCCGAUAAAACACAUCGGGUUUUGAGUGUGAAGUAGCUUUGAAGUGUUUUUCAUUAUUUGAAUGUACGUAAGAUCAUGUUUGACCUAAAUAUAAUGGAUAAAUCUUUGUUUAAAACAUAUUUCAGUACUGUCCCGGAAAUGUGCAGUAAAUAUGAUGGUCAAACUUCAUAGGUUGUUUCUUGUCUGAAAGUAUGUCCUAAAGUCAGAUUAUAUUUGUCUUUUCCAUAUGAUUUAAAUGCAAUAAAUGUGCUUACCUGCAGACACUAAAUGUAACCCUAAAAUCACU